AUGCGAAAUGCAGACAAACUUAUGAGAAUGGCUUGCAUGCGUGAUGCCUCCAGGAUUGCUUCCAUCGUUGCCAUCAUGGCCCUCUGCUUAGGUCUUUACUGUUAUGUCAAGAGAAGGGGCUGUCCCCGAUGGUGCCUUUCUUUGUGGCAUCGCCUUCUAGGCUGCAUUUUCCCUUCACAAUUCCAGAGGAACAAAAGUCUUCUUCCUGAAGUUGCCUCGCCCAAGCAGGAGGUCUCAAGUGUGCCUUUGCCAACAAAAGGAGGUGGACGCACUGCUGUCACAAAUGAGGGAUUGGAUUCAGUGGCUGGUUUGAUCAAGAUGAGGUUGCAUUUGUCCAAUGGGACUCCGCAGCUUGGUGGUGGCAGCCCAGUGGCAUUGCCACCAUCUGGCAGGUACUUUGGACAGUAUGAGGAAUGCGGAAAGAUGAAAGAGGUCACCUAUAAUCUGGAAUUUCUAAAAGAUGGUUAUAUGUCUGGAAGAUGCGAAGAUGAUGACGGAGAACUCCAGGUGAGAGGUGCAUUCGACACCAAAGCCGAAGUUUAUCGAUGGGGGGAGACGAUGAAGGGAGCGAAGUACACCAAAUUGGAAAAUUUGCCUUCUCAGUAUGAGUCAGAAGUGGUUUCCGGCAAACAGUUCCACGUUGAGGUCAUCAUGCGCUACGAGGGCAAGCUCACAGCAGAACUCGUUGGUGAAUACUUCUCUUCCACGGGCGCGCAAGAUGCGGCGGCAAGCCCAUGCUCUGCAUCUACCAACGAGAUCCCAUUUAUGUGUUUCAACGACUUGGCAGGACAUCAUCUGCUUUUGGUGAUUUCAAGCUGCCUCGAACGAAUCGCCCUUGAUUCUUUUAGUAUAUUCAUCUCAAAUUUUGCCCGAAGCCUGUUUGAGGUUCGCUGGCGGUAUUAA